UUGACGUCACAUUAGCUGACAUAGAAAGCUAAUAACGGAGGCGACAGAAGUUCACCGCUCGUACUUUUAAAAAGUCGAGCCGCGAACACUCGUGCGGUCAUGACGACCGAAGUGAAGUAGCAGCUCGCGACACCGACACCGACACCGCGGACACGCUACGUCUGCGCUGAAUGUAACGGUAACUAACCAGCUGCUAACCGGUCACCUCCCGGUCUGGUGCGGGUACUUAUUACUUAACCCAAGUGUUAGCCUUGUAGCCGCCAGCCAAGCGCGAGCUAUCUACCCGUUUGCUUACUCGUUUUUUUGUCAUGAAAAUUAUUUAACUUGUAUGUUUGAUGGGACCUGAUGGCGAGUAGAGUUAUUUAAAGUGUAUUUAUUCUGUGACUUGUUUAUUUAUUGACUGUUUACGUUGAGAGAGAAGGGGAAUGACUCCCACCCUUCGUGACGCUGUGUUGCUGUCACUGUCACUCAUGCUCUGUCCCCCGCCUCCUUCCAAGACCGCAGCCUAUCCAGUCGUUGAACAAGUUUGAUUGACAGCACCCACAGCCAAUAGCAGGCCAGCAGUGGCUCCGCUGGCUCUCUCUGCGGCACAGCGGGCGUCUCUUUCCGGCGCAGAGUGCUGGGGAUGCUGCUGUUGCUUAGGGAGCACCAGCACCGCUGAACUGUAGCAUCACCGUCACUCAAAUCUCAGAUGUUUGUCGACAUGUUGUGUAAUGUGCGCUUGCAUCACUGGGUUGACCUGUGUGUGGGCGGACUGCUUUUGUUUCUAGCGGGGCUGCAGCAGGUGGAAGCCGCAGCAGCCGCCGCGGACAUGACCACCCUCAACUGGAAGCCCUUCAUCUACGGAGGCAUGGCCUCGAUUGUCGCAGAAUUCGGGACAUUUCCCAUUGACUUGACGAAGACCCGGCUUCAGGUGCAGGGUCAGUCCCAGUACACCGAGGUGCGCUACAGAGGCAUGUUCCACGCCCUCUUCAGGAUCGGCAAAGAGGAGGGAAUCCGGGCACUGUAUUCUGGGAUUUCCCCUGCUCUGCUGAGACAAGCCUCGUACGGGACGAUCAAGAUCGGGACAUACAACUCUCUGAAGAGGUUGUUUGUCACUAAUCCUGAAGAUGAGACCAUGGUCAUCAAUGUCUUCUGUGGUGUCGUGUCCGGAGUCCUGUCCUCCUCACUGGCCAACCCCACUGACGUCCUCAAGAUCAGAAUGCAGGCUCAGGGCAGUUUGCUGCAGGGCAGCAUGAUGUCCAACUUCAUGAACAUCUACCAGACAGAAGGCACCAGAGGGCUGUGGAGAGGUGUCAUUCCCACAGCACAGCGAGCCGCCAUUGUGGUCGGGGUGGAACUUCCCGUCUAUGACAUCACCAAAAAGCACCUGCUUCGCUCCGGUGCUAUGGGCGACACCAUCUUGACCCAUUUCAUUUCAAGUUUCACGUGCGGCCUGGCAGGGGCGCUGGCUUCCAACCCAGUCGACGUGGUCCGGACCCGCAUGAUGAACCAGCGGGUUCUGUCCGGAGGCCCCAUGUACAAAGGGACGCUGGAUGGAGUGAUGCAGACGUGGAGGAACGAGGGCUUCUUUGCCCUGUACAAGGGUUUCUGGCCAAACUGGCUGCGACUGGGGCCCUGGAACAUCAUCUUCUUCAUCACCUUCGAGCAGCUGAAGAAACUCCCGUUUUAAAGCGAGCAGGAUGUGGGACUGCGCUCGACUGUGUCAGGGACAAGCGGAGUGUGAGCACGGCGGCACCUGGAGUCGUGACACCAGUAUUUUCACUCUCCCCCUCGCGAGAUCCACACACUCCAUACAGCACAGUAUCAGUCAUUUGCCCGAGCUCAUCUAAACCUUACGCUUCAUUUCUGCUUUUCUAAGGUUUUAUUUAUUGUCACUGGUCCCCA